AUGGCGUCCAUCAAGAAACCGCAGCAGCUAGGGAUAUUCAGGACAAACUCGGACUCACAACCCACAUCAGCAUCAACUACAACAACCUCAAAUACAACAACAACGCAUCGCUCUGUCAAUGUCCAAAAGAUCACCAGCCUCUCCAACCAACUCACCUCUUCGUCUUCAGCUGCCAGCAACACCAACAAUGGCCGUAACCUCAGCCUCGCGCAGCUAUGGUCUCAAUGUGCCUCUCUAGUCGCUUAUACUUCUUCAGUCGCCACAGAAGCCAUGAUUGAUUUGGUCCGUAAGGAUGCAUUGGACUGGAACGAGGCUCUCCAGGGAUUCGAGAACGCGCUGUCAACAGCUCAGGGUCAGGCUCUCGCCAACAUGAUCCAUUCCCUCAGCAACCUUCUCAUCUCUGCAGCUGAGAUGGCUUCGGGAUCUGUGAAGUCGAAAGUCCAUAUCAGCAAGAGCGUCUUUACGACCAAGAACAAUCGACACCCAUUCAUCGCCCUUAUCAUGACAAACUCUCAAAUGGAGUCGAUUCUCUUCACAGAGAUGGACAGGAUCCUAGACCACCUCCCUGACUCGCCGCAGUAUCGGAUCGCCGCCUUCGAUAUUCUCUCCCCUUUCUUGGACUUUUGUCUUCUGGAUCGCCAUGAACGAACCCUCAUUGCCUCAAGUGCUACCGUCCUGUGGGUCUCAAAAACAUUGAACGCCUGCAUUUACGACGAGGACCUCAGGCCGUUUGUCACACACCUCCUGGAUUACCUAUGCUCAGUCCCCACUCGGUUCCCUCUCGACCGAUCACAGCCAAGCGCCACACUGCAGUCAUCCCUCCGGACACUGGUCGACUUUUACUGUCUACCCUCAACACAAUUGGCCCUGGACGCUGAAUACAAGGCAGAGUUUGGUGGACGGAUCUUGAUGGCGCUUCUCUCCUGGAUGGCGGACUUGAGACGAUAUGGGCUCCCGACCUUCCCUCUGAUGCUGACGGCUCAGGCGCUUUUCAGGAGCAGGAAAGGCUAUACAGCACCCUCUUUGUCGUUCAACACCCUCUGGCCGCUUCUUUCGUUCCUGCUGAUGAACUCGCCUACAGUGGAUGAGCAGCGAGUUUUGGUCAGCUGGAUGCAUGCAGUCAUGACGACGACCGAGGAACACGUGGAAGCCAUGAUCGCCAACCUCGCCUUCCUACCCAUCUUUCAGGUCAUGGGCGAGUCGCAAUCGGAGGACAUCAGCAAGAAGUGCGCCGACAUCUUGCAGAAGCUGGAGACCAUCCCCAAGACAACCAACACGACUUUGGUGGCGGAGAUUGAGCUCAGGGCAACCUCGGGUGUGGCCGCCAUGAUUCAGACAGAGGUGGCUCACUUGCGCCGUAAUUGGAGUGUUUCCGAAGACGAGCAGGACAUGGAAGAAGAAGAGGCAGAUGCAGGAGAGACGUUGUUCUCACUAGGCGACGACGACACAUUCGCUAGCUUGAUUUUGACGACCUACAUGUUCCAUCCGGACGAGAUCAAACGGAUCGAUGCCAUGACACGGCAGGCGCAGGUGGAAGAAGGUCGGCUAGUCACCCUUGUUCUGUUCAUAUACGUGCUCAGAGUCGACUCGUCGCCAUUGGUCAAGCUGCACUUGCUUCAGGAGGCUAUUCCGUCCCUGGUCACUUCCAAGGAUGAGAUGGUCACGGCCAAGGUCCUGCGCACUAUCUUGACACUCAUCCACGGCGUCCCUAACGCUCCCUCUGGCACCAAGAUCAUGAACACUCAUAUGGGUGCUGUAGGCGUCAGGAUCCUGUUCUUAAUCUGGAAGCGUCAACCUCGUGUCUGGAAGACUCUCCGCCAUGUCAUCCACAGCUGGGUUGAGAGUCGUCCCCGACUUUUCAAGACCCCCUUGAAGGGCGAGCCUGAAUACGACAUGGAAGUUGCUGUCCUUGCCACCAUCAGGGAUAUUUGUGCAUACGAUACAGCAGGAUACGCCGAGGUUCUCAUCCCGUUCUUAGCCAACCUGCUUGGCUCUGUUGAACUCUACGCCUCAUCGAUAUGCACCAUCAUCGAGACUAUGAACCUCACUGUCGAGGCUGAAGUCGUUGAGCCACGAGCUGCUUGGAAUGUUUUGCUAUGUCAUGUCGGCGAACAUGCAUCGAGGACAAUGCACCCAGGAAUGCUACAGGAGAUGUGCGUCUUUUACGGCAUUGUUGGAUCCAGGAAUGAAGAUACCCAGGUGUACUUGGAUCUGCGGGAGGCUGUUUUGGUCAAUUACAUUCAGCCGCUUUUGACCUCAGAGGAUCCCGAAGUAUUGGCAGCGGCACUGAAGGCACUGGGUUGCUUUACAGCUCCUGAAAUCGCAUCGGUUCUGCCCACCGAGUCUCCUUCGCUAUACAUACGGGAGAAGGUUCUUGAAGCAAACGACACCCUGGUCCUUGACGAGUACUCAUUCAUCUUGGAGAAAUUGGUCCGCUUCGAGCUGUCCAACAUGCGUCGCGGACUAUUCAAGGAAGCUGGGUCAAAGAAGAUUGUCGACUCUGCCUCGGGAACCCAGGAGCUCGACAGGCUUCAGGGUGUGCUCUCGGUCGUCGCUGGCAACAUUCUUCAAAAGUGGCAGUCAGGAGAUGUCAACCCGGGUCUUCGUAUCGGAUACGCACUCUCGAGUCUGCUUUGCUCGGCCGUGGUUGAGAAGCCUGUGGAUGGUGUCAGCGAGGAGGGAUCGGCAGAAGCUAUUCGGGCUAGGCAGAGUUACAGGAAUGUGAUGACAGCGGUCAAGGAUGUUGCGCUGACGGAUCAUUUGAUCGAACGUAUCUCGGCACUGGAAGGAUGGACAGCACUUUUCGACAAUAUGUGGGUGCCCAGUGAUGAUGUUCAGACCCAGACGAUUGCCGAGAUCCUCAUUGCGGACCUCUAUAAGAAGAUAACGGAUGGAUAUGUUCCUGCCCACUGCGCCAAUGCACUCUUCGCCAUCACAGGCCUUAUCCUGUCAUUGCAUCGCCAUGCGCACCCCGCCUCGACAGUUCAGAGCUCAGUGCUGGCCAAGCAGCUCCUCCAAGACUUUGUUCGGCCUGAGACUAUGUCUGAUAUCGGCGGCAGCGACGAGGUUCAAUUUGCGGUCCUGGUGUCUUUGAGUUUCAUCACUCCAUUGGCAGCUGUCGACGAGAAACUGGUCGCCUCGGUCCUUGGCGUCUUUACCGACUCCCUGGAUGAGGAUGCCGUCAACUCUAAUUCCUCGAGCGAUAUCACGAGCUGGGCUAGUUUCGGCGUAGGAUGGGCAUUCUGCAACCUACUGGCUGGACUUGUGGGCUCACCCACGAAGACGGCCGAGCUGAACGCAAUCUGCAACGAUACCCUCCUCCGUCUACUGACCAUUUUUGAGCUCAACACGGCAUCGUUUGCACUGACCCUGGGACUCUUAAUGGCUUUCCCAAGACUCUCAGUGGCCAUUACUUCUUCAGCCUCACCAGGAUACAGGGACGGGCAAGGCGGUGAUGAUGCGGCGGCUAUUCAAAAGAUCAAGGAGAUGGCGAGACAGGAUUUGGAGAAGUUUUUGGAUAGCCAGCAGCAGGCUUUGUCUGCGCAGAAGCUGGCAAGGCUCUUGGGUGCGCCCUGGGUCCUGGCAUUUUCAGAUAGGACAGAUGCUUCGCCUGAGGAGCGGCAAGGUGAUACGGGACUCUUGGAUCGCGCCUUCCUUGCUGCCACUGGACGCCGCGAUUUGCAGUCCCAGUUGGUUCAUUUCACGGUUCCCUUCUGCCAUAUGAUCCACACCAACUUGGACGCCCGCAACCCAUCCUCGAGCGAGAUCUCGCUCCUCACCGGCAGGAUCCACUCGCUCGUCAACCUCAUCCGGAUCACGCCCACCUCUGCCGCCCGUCACACUGCAGUCAUUGCUCUUGGCUCACUCUUCGGAAUCGACUGGUGUCAGGGCCCCACUGUUGCUUCUGUUGGAAACCACGGUCUGUUCUCGUACCUCACGAAUUCUACCAACCCUACUGCCAUGGCGUCGGUCACCAACUCUGCACUGUCGACGUUAACUGAGUUGAGCGGACUCUUUAUCUCCAUUGCCGCCGGUGCGGGUGCGGGCGACGCUACAGCGGGAACCGGUACCGCCGCAGUUUUCGCAACCAUUCUCCCAAGCUCCAAGGUCACGCCCAACCCCAAAUCGAUGUUGAUGCUCCAGGAUCUCAAGGCCGGACGCCUAUCAGCCAUGGUGCUCGGUCACAUCGCCUGUCACUUCCAGCGCCUGGGCCAAGUCGACACCGGAAAAGUAAUCGGCACCAGCAGUGAGCCCAAGGACUACGCUCGCCUGCCCGUCUCGACCUCCUGGUUACGCGCGCUGUGGGAUGGGCUUUGGGAGCCCCUCCAGAUGGGUACUGCCCAGCGGGCACUCAAGAGCUAUGCCAAGAGUUUGGAAUUGCUGCUGUAUACGGUUCACAGUUUACCGACGCCCUUGCCGGCGGUCAAUUGGUUCCCGCUGUUGACGCAGUUGAUGAGUUUUGAGCCUUCUUUGAUGGCGCCCGCGGUUCUGAUGGCUUCGAAGCAUGCGACAACGUCGACGUCGUUGAUGGAGUUUUUGAUUAUGAGCCUGUCGAACUUUAAGGUUAAGGAUGGGUCCCGGGUCGACAGUGCUGAUGCCGUCACUGCAGAGGAGUUGUUUGUGGGUGAGGAAGGCCUUGGAAGGAUCUUGACACUGGGUGGGUUGCCGCUGCUGGUCCAGGGCGAGGAUCAAGCGUUGGCAGAGUUGGAUAAAGUCCGUGGGUUGGAUGGGUUGGCCAAGAAGGUCACCUUGCCAGGGUCGCGUGUUGUGGAUUUGGUCGAGAAGCUGUUUAGGGUCUUGUUCUUCAACGCCAAUGGCACGAUCAAGACUGAGGAGGAUCCAGAGGUAGAAGUCUUGCAGUUGGUGUUCUUGGAUACGCUGGGUCACCAUAUGCGUCGACCUCGUUCGUCUGCUGGACCUAAUCGCACUCGAUUGUCAAAUCAGCCUGCCUUGUCCGAUGAUGCCAAGGAACUGUUGGGCGAGCUGCGUGCGGUGGUGUUGAGGGUGUUCUAUCAGCUCUCAUUCACACGGUUCUUGACAGGGCAGCGCGUCUUGCGUCGAUUGGCCGAUCUGUCGUUGAUGUCAAUUUCACACCUGGAUGCUGCUCAGUUGAACCUCUCGGGAUCUGUGGUGGACCAGCCAGAUGCCGGGGCACGCGUUCUCAAGGAGGCUAUCGGGGUCGCAUCCUUAUACCGAGCUGGAUACCUGACCUCCCAACAAGAAGGUCGCCUGACCCAGGUCGCUCAAUCUGCGUUACUGAUCCUCAGCCGUGACACUCAUGAGGCUGUCCACGAGUCCACCAACAAACGCCUUGCAGAGUCGGCAAUCUCUGUUCUCCUCUACGCCAUGAACGCCGGCAUCGGCGAAAGACCCACCACCGAACCCAUCACAGAAGCCCAGCUGCGCAAGACAAACACUUUACGUCUGACAUGGCUCCAACGGAUCUUAGACCUUCUUGUCUUAUUGUCGAGCCAGUCGGAGGUCUACACCAACGGGCUGACACUGUUGCUUGGAGGUGCCGUCCUGUUGUGGUGGGAGGAUCCUAUGGAGUCCAGGUCUGCUCUUCAAACAUUUGGCUUUGCUCCAGUGUCAGCAACCUCAGAAGGUCAUGGCGCUGCAGGUCGUGGGGAUGAUGCUGAGGCAUUGCUGCUGUCGAUGGCGGACGAUCACGAACACGAGCAGGAGAGUGGCUCAGGUGCGGCGGCACUCAGCAUGGACGACAACAUUUUGGAGGACGAUAUGUUCGAGCAGUGGCAUAGUCGGUUCCAGCAGAGCGUGUCCUUGGUAAUGACCGACAACGACAACGACGGCGAGCAGGGAUACCGUCAUCGGGCAGUGUCAGACCGCCUGUCGUUGAUUUUGCCCGAUGUUGUCAUGACAGCUCGCGCCGGAGUGACCGUGUCGGCGGCAGCAGCGAGUGAUAACCAGAUUGCUAGUCGACUGCUGAGAAUGGCGCUGGAUCCUCAGAUGGGCGCCUCGCAACGACAGUUCCUGGUGGUUUUGCUCCGUCGUAUGGAGGAACUGGUCCCCAGUGGUCAAAGCUGGGUCCUGAAAUAA